AUGGAUACUGGAGAUUUAAAUUUACCCGCAUAUAAAUACCAAUUUGAGCAAGUAGAACUAGCACUCAAAGCAAAACCGGAUGAUCCUGAAUUACUCAAACUUAAACAAGAUCUUGAAGAAGUAAUACAAAUAACAGCUGAGCUACUCGGUUAUGAUCCAUCAAUCUUAAGUUCUGAUGAAACAGCAACAUCAUCAACGAAUUAUAAUGAAAUAGCGUCUUUGAGUUAUGCAUCGUCAUCACAAUUAAAUAAUACAACAACAUCAUCAUCAGUUCGUUCAGCUAUUAAAUGGAAAACAGGUGAUCGAUGUUUAGCACCUUGGAAUGAAGAUGGCAAAUAUUAUGAAUGUACAAUUGAUGAUGUACUUGAUGACGGAACAUGUACAAUUGUUUUUGAUGGAUUUGAAUCAGCAUCAUUAACGGUCGUUCGAGCAUCAAAAUUAAAACCAUUCGAUCGAACACGUCCUGGCUUAAGUGGAAUAAAAUCAGCCGCUAAUCAAGCUAAAACAAAACGGGAAUUAGAGCAACGACUACGUGAGCUUAAACGCCGAAAAAAAGAAAAGAAAUUGUCAAAGUUAAAAGAAUUCGAAGAAGAACGUGAAAAAGAUAAAAAGCGAUGGACAGAUUUUAAUUCUAAAUUAACUAGUCGAACAUGGAAAGGUGUCGUAUCAAAAUCAGUGGUUAAAACUGAUAAACGAACUGAACAAUUACGUGGUACAACAAAUGGUUAUUUAAUAUCAAAUUAUAAACCAGCUCAACCGCGACCCACUGGUCGGUUAUUAUCACUAUCAAGAAGUAGCAUAAUUCGUGUUCGACAACACCUACCUGUUCGAUAUGCUUCAUCAAGUAGUUUACCAUCUCAUAAAAAAAUUGCUCUUCCAGCAUUAUCACCAACUAUGGAAACCGGUACAAUACGGUCAUGGUCUAAGAAAGAAGGAGAAAAAAUUUCUGAAGGCAGUGGUCCUAAUGGUCGAAUUAUUGCUGAAGAUGUUGAGAAAUUUAUAAAAGAGGGUGAUGCUAAAGCUAAAUCAGAGACUAAAAAAGUCAAAGACACUCAAGAAACUCCAUCUAAAGCAGCUAAAAAAGAUAAAGAAACAGGAGCACGUGCAGGCGGUUAUGAUGAACGGCAAAUAUCAGAAUUACAAGCAAGAAAUGCUCGUCGUGUAACGGAAUCAAAGAGUACAAUACCUCAUUACUAUUUAACUAUUGACAUUCAAUUAGAUGAAAUAAUCAAAUUACGUCAAAAACUUAACGACACGUUGACAUCUAAAUCAAAGGGUUCAAAAGAAAAAACACGUGGUAUUUCAGUAAAUGAUUUUAUUAUAAAAGCAGCUGCACUUGCAUGCAAAAAACGACCUGAAACAAAUAGUGUUUGGAUGGAUAAAAUCUAUCAGACAAUAUGA